UUUGAUCGCUCGUCGGACUGGACCAUUUUACUGUGUUUAAAAUCAAACAUUAGUCUAAUUAUUACUACAAAAAUAAAUAGUAAACAAGAGGUCUGCCACGGUGUGAGCAUUGACACUCCAAGCAGAAAUCAAUGAAAGAAGAUUUAACAUUCAAACUACAAGAUCUGCUCAACUAAUUCUGUGCUCUCCACAUCUGAAUUCCUUGCGGGCUUGUUGCAACCCCUGCCAUUCUACAUUAGAAACCACUGCUCAAAAUGGAGAGAAUUAAUUCUGAUGCCUUGAGAGUAUAAAAUGCCUGAUCAACUCAAGAAGGUGAAGACCAGAGAAAAGGCAGCAGAUACUAAAUCUCAAAGGGAUUAUUCUGAUCUUAAAAGGCUUCUGGCCUUUCUAAAUGUCCAGUCUAGCAAGCAAAAGUUGCCAGCCCUUAACUUUGAAAAUAUUAAUAAUAAUAUGACCAAGUCUGAACAAUAUUCUAGCAACUCUUGCAAAGAGAAAUAUAGAGGUCAAUGGGAAGAAUCUGCUGAAGCUGUUGAACUGGAAAACUUCAGUAUGAAUUACAAGAAUGAAAGAAAUUUUAGUCAACAUCCACAGCACAAAUUAUUUCAAGAUAUCUUUGUAGCUUUGGUUAAAAACCGGCUUAUUUGCAGGGAAUGGGCUAACCGAGCUUCAUCUGUCCAUUUUCUAAGAAUUUUAAUUUGUAUAAGAUUAUUAAUGAGAGAUCCAUGCUAUCAGGAAAUUCUUCACAGUCUGGGUGGAAUUGACAGUUUAGCACAGUAUAUGGAAACAGUAACAAAUGAUUAUCUUGCCUAUGGAGAGGAGCAACAUAACAUAGAUAAAUUAGUCAACAUGAUAUAUAUUAUUCAAAAACUUUCAGCGGUUAAAGAUCAAAGAGAAUGGGUUACAGCCAGUGGAGUGCAUAAGACUUUGAUUAAUUUACUAGGAUCUAGAGAAAAUAAUGUACUAGUAGGUUCACUGCUUGCUCUCACAAGCUUGGCAGAAAGCCCUGAAUGUCGUGAGAAAAUAAGUGAGCUGAAUGUUGUCGAAAAUUUAUUGAUGAUAUUACACGAAUACGAUUUGCUCUCUAAAAGAUUGACAGCAGAAUUACUCCGUCUCCUUUGUGUGGAAUCACAAGUCAAGGAACAAAUCAAGUUGUAUGAGGGUGUGCCUAUUCUGCUUAGUCUUCUCCAUUCUGAUCAUCUAAAACUACUCUGGAGUGUAGUUUGGAUUCUUGUACAGAUUUGCGAAGAUCCUGAUACCAGUGUUGAAAUUCGAAUUUGGGGUGGAAUCAAACAGCUCCUUCAUAUUUUACAAGGGGAACGAAGUCUGUUUUUGGAUCGUUCUUCCAUUGGGAGUUUAUCUAGUGCAAACAUAGCUGGAAGAAUCCAUCAGCUUCAUUUAUCAGAAGAGUUAAGCUCUCAUGAAAUACAAGAAAAUACAUUUUCUCUUCAAGCAGCCUGUUGUGCUGCAAUUACUGAAUUGGUCCUUAAUGACACCAAUGCCCAUCAAGUAGUACAGGAAAAUGGGAUAUAUACAAUAGCAAAGCUGCUUUUACCUAAUAAGCAAAGGAAUAUAGCAAAGGCUAAUUUAUUACAGUGUUAUGCAUUCAGAGCUCUGAGAUUUCUUUUCAGUAUGGAAAGGAAUCGACAUCUUUUUAAAAGGCUCUUUCCUACAGACUUGUUUGAAAGCUUCAUAGAUGUUGGGCAUUAUAUUCGUGAGAUCAGUGCCUAUGAAGAGCUAGUAUUGAAAUUAAAUGCGCUACUGGAAGAGGAAGUUAAGCAAAUCUCUGAAAAUAUUGAAACUAUAAAUCAGAAUAAAGCACCAAUGAAAUACAUAGGCAAUUAUGCAGUUUUGGAUCAUCUUGGCAGUGGAGCAUUUGGAAGCGUUUAUAAGGUUAGAAAACAUAGUGGCCAAAACUUUCUAGCAAUGAAAGAGAUUAAUUUACAUAAUCCAGCAUUUGGAAAAGAUAAAAAAGAUCGAGAGAGCAGUGUAAAGAACAUUGUCUCUGAAUUAACCAUAAUUAAAGAACAGCUUUAUCAUCCCAAUGUUGUACGAUACCACAGAACCUUUUUAGAAAAUGAUAGAUUGUAUAUAGUCAUGGAGCUCAUAGAAGGAGCACCCCUUGGAGAACAUUUUCAUUCUUUGAAGGAAAAACAACAGCAAUUUACAGAAGAGAGAAUAUGGAAUAUAUUCAUUCAACUAUGUUUAGCUCUUCGGUAUUUGCACAAAGAGAAGAGGAUUGUCCAUAGAGACCUCACGCCAAACAAUAUCAUGCUGGGAGAUAAGGAUAAAGUAACAAUCACUGACUUUGGUCUUGCAAAGCAAAAACAGGAGAACAGCAAACUCACUUCAGUUGUUGGAACUAUUCUAUAUUCCUGCCCUGAAGUUGUAAAGAGUGAGCCAUAUGGUGAGAAGGCUGAUGUCUGGGCUGCAGGAUGUGUUUUAUAUCAGAUGGCAACACUCAACCCUCCAUUUUAUAGCGCCAACAUGCUCUCCUUAGCAACUAAAAUAGUAGAAGCUGUUUAUGAGCCAGUACCAGGAGGUAUAUAUACUACAAAGGUAUCUGCUGUCAUAAAAAAAUGUUUGAACCCUGAUGCAGACAUCCGUCCUGAUAUAGUAGAGGUCAGUUCAAUGAUUUCAGAUGUUAUGAUGAAGUAUUUAGAUGGAUUAUCAAAUUCUCAGCUUGUCUUGGAGAAGAAAUUGGAACGUGAAAGAAGGCGUACUCAGAGAUAUUUCAUGGAGGCCAAUAGGAAUGCAAUAAAAUGUCAUCAUCAACUUGCUGUGCUGUCUCAGGAAUGUUAUGAAAAGUCAAGUUUCAGCAGCAGUAGUAGUGAAGCAGCUAGUUUAAAAAGUGAAUUUUAUGAAAAUACUGAUAUUCUAUCUGAAAACCUCCACCAGUUUUCUGGAAAGGAUGAAGAGAAAGAUGAAACCCUUUCAGAUGAUAACUGCAUUUUAGAAAACACAGAAAAAGAUGUCUUCUCGGAAUUUGAUGAUGAAUUGGAUAUUGCAGAUUCUAGCAGUUCUAGUUCAAGUCCCCUUAAAGAGUCAGCAUUUGGUAUAAAACGCAGUUUAAGUGCUUAUGAAAGACAGCCUCAGGCAAGCAUCAGCUGGGAUUGCUGUGUCACAACGGAAGGUGCGUCAGAUCAGUGAUCCUAUUCAACAGAUUCUAGUUCAGCUGCACAAAAUUAUUUACAUCACUCAGCUGCCACCAACUCUGCAUUGCAAUUUGAACAGAAGAAUUGUCGAGAGAUUCAAGAAAUCUUUAUUCAGUCAGCAGAGUAAUCCAUGUAAUUUGAAGUCUGAGAUUAAGAAGGUACUUCAAGGUUCCCCAGAAUUGAUUGAGCCUAAUUUUUUGACUUCAGAUUGUCAUUUGUUGCUUCAUUCUUCAAGUGGCAGUACUUUAGUCCUAGAUGACAGACCUGGUCUUCUUGGCACUUUUGACAUGGAUGAAGGAAUGACAUAUGAACAAAUGCAGACUGUAAUUGAAGAGGUUCUGGAGGAAUGUGGAUAUUACAAUUUUACCUCAAGCAGGUAUCAAUACUAUCCAUGGGGAGCAAGAAAUCAUCCAGCCAGAAGAUAAGCACUUGGAAUUUUGUCUACAUUGGCGGAUUUUCUACUAAGGUCUAAAUGUCUCGACUUUAGCUUUGAUUUUCCUACUACUAAAGGGAAACACUGUGUAAAACACAAGACAAAAGGAGGCACCCAGGAAAUAGAAAUCAUUCAGAUUUUCUAUGUAGCUUACAAAGAAUCAUCAAGCAGUAGAACUCUAAUAUAUAUCUCUGUCAGUAGGUCUAUGCAGUAUAGUUUUGGUGUCAAGAUAUAGUUCAUGCAAAAUGUAAACAUUCUUCCAAGUAGUUCGACUAAGAUGACAAUGUACAGUUCUUCAGCCCCUUCUUGAUUUUUGGAAUGGCCUGAUGAAUACUCAGGUUUAUUAGAAAUCCUAGUUUUUACAGAUUUCUUAAUAUCAGAGUGUCUAUUUUUUUUUAUAAUAGAAUAUAUUUUUAGAUAGAGAGCAAUUCAGAAUGUCUAAGGAAACGGGACAAAGUCUAGCUAUAUUAGAAUCAAAAAUAGCUUGGGAAUCAGAAAUGAACAUUCCAAGUACUGCUUUAAUUACUUGAAAUAGUUGGUAUUUAUGCUGCAAAUAUGAUAUAGACAGUAUUUACAACUUUCACAAUUUCUAACAUUUGUUAAAUCCAAAGAUUAGAGCAUGGAACAUGCUUAGGUUCUAUAAAUAUGUACUAUACAUAUUUAUAUUAAAUAAAUACUCUAAUUAUUAUUGAUAAUUAGAUAUGUAGCAAACAUUGCACUUUUGAAAAACUGAAAGUCUUUCUGGAAAAUGUUUGUAAAAUAGUAAUGCACAUAUUAUUAUUAUCUGGACAUUUCUUUACCUUUGGCAUAUUUUCAGCUUUACUAAAUCUUUUCAAUUUAGUCUAUGGUUAUCUACAGUGAUGUUGUAAAUUUUAUAGAUUGGAUGUAAUAUUUCCAAAUUCCAUUGACUUUUUAAAAUGAGAAUAUGUUUGAAAAUUUUAAUAUAGGCUUUAAUCUUUGGACAUGUAAGGUGAAGGGAAACAUUUAAUAUUGUGUUAGGGGAAUAAUAAAGAAAAGGAAAUCAAUUCUAUCAACUAUA